GAGAGUCUAGCCUCGCUCCUUGGCUCUCCCGUCACCCCUUGCGCGCCUCCCCUCUUCCUUUUCCUUUCAGCCAUUGGCGUUGGCGGCAGAGCUGCGGAUAUGUCGUCCCACAAGACGUUCAAGAUCAAGCGCUUCCUGGCUAAGAAGCAGAAGCAGAACCGGCCAAUUCCCCAAUGGAUCCGGAUGAAAACUGGCAAUAAGAUCAGGUACAACUCCAAGCGGAGGCACUGGAGGAGGACCAAGCUGGGCCUGUGAGGAGCACCAAAGCCCCAGAAAUGGCCCCUUUCGACCAAUCCGCCACAGCUCUUAUUUUUCAGGGCUGAACGCCGUCAACAUAUUGUGCAGUUUUCCUUUCUUUCCUGAAACUUUUUGAGGGUUUUUUUCCCCCUGAGAAUUAAAAUCAAAUAAUGGGGA